UGGCGGGCGCUUCCAGUAAUGACCGGGGGAUUCCAUCAAAUAACAUGACUAAAAAGAAGCGGGAGAAUCUGGGUGUCGCUCUAGAGAUCGAUGGGCUGGAGGAGAAACUGUCCCAGUGUCGGAGGGACCUGGAGGUUGUGAACGACAGGCUCUACCGGGCAGAGCUGAGCCCAGAGGCCAGGUCGUCUUUGGAGAAGGACAGAAACAGCUUGAUGAGGAAAGCCUCUAAUUAUGAAAGGGAGCUGAAAUUGCUUCGGCAGGAGAACCGGAAGAACAUGCUGCUCUCUGUAGCCAUCUUCAUCCUCCUGACUCUCAUCUACGUCUACUGGACCACGUGAGCCUGGGA